AUGAUUGAGAAUCCGUUCGGGCCCCUUUGGAAGGAAGAGCAGGUUUACCAUAAGAUUCGGCAGAGGCUCUGGAGAGCAGCCGGUGUCUUUGAGGAGAAUCUCAUAGAUAUCCAAAAAGCCCUCAAGGAGUUAGAAGACAAGUUGAACCUACCUGUAGGUUCGGGUGCUGAGCCCCUACCGGAUAGAGUCAGUUUCAGAAAAGAGCUCAAGAGAUUAUCAUUCGCUCUCAAUAGGUCGGUGUAUCUGGAACUUUUGACUCGCAUUCGAGAUGGAGUGUCGAGCCUUGAGGCAUUGACCUCCCAGAACUGCGACCUUGAGCCCGAGCGGAACAAACGGUCUAACGGAAGGUUGUAUCGUCUCAUGAACUCUUUGUCAGGCGGUAUCUACCAGGCACUGUGUGCAGCCAUGAAUGCCUGCCAGUGCCCUACUUCACACCUUCUGGGCCUGAAGCUAUCAACACCUUCCUACACCAGCGUUAUACCGAACGAUGAGGAUGAAGAGGUGAUCAGGAACUUGUCAAUGAAGCUUGCAAUAUCCGAUCAGGACACCACACAGGGAAAGAUCGAUCGACCAUGGUCUUCUUUCAUGGUCAAACCUUCCAGUCGACCUCCACAAUGUCGACUUUCCACUUGCCAGCAGCCGACUGCGUUUGUGGUCCCCGAGCGCCCAACAAAACGGGCCCGGAAAACUGUUGGCUUCUCCUUCUCAGAAAUGCCAGCAAUCAAGAGCCAUGGCCUGCUGUCUCGCCACUCGUCCCGAGAGGUAGAGGUAACAGCAUCAUCAAGGUCCUCCACUCAAACUGUGACCCUUGAGGUUGUCAGCACGAAGCCGGAAACGCCAAACGAAGACAUCAUAAUGGACCUUUGUGAAUCCUUGAGACAGCUGCCCAGCCUACAAGCAAGCAGUUGUUGCGGCCAUAUCAUCGGACCAGCGGCAAUCAACGCUUCCGCAACGGAACGAUACGGUCUUUACGCAUUAGGUCAUCUGCGUCCCUCGGGAAGCUUCGGUCAAUGCUCCUUCAUAUCUCUCCAUGAAGUGUUGACCGAGCAGCUUACUGCUCCUUCCCUUGUCUAUGACGAGGACAGGCUACGACUUGCCUACACCCUGGCAUCCAGCGUCCUCCAACUGGCAGGAACCCCGUGGCUCACAACCAAGGUGACAACGAAAGACGUUUUUCUAAUCCGAUGCAAUGGCACGACACAUUUCCAGGAGGCCUUUGUCAUCAGACAACUUCCCGAAAUAUCGGAUUCGAUGCAACUUGACGUCCAACCGCUACAUUACCUCGCUGGCGGCGUGCAACCGAACCAGGGAAUGCUCUUUCUAGGCAUCAUCCUCAUUGAGAUCAUGCUCGGAACACCUUUUGACUGCUUCCGCGAGUCCCAUAUCAAACAGCAUGGUCCUUCGACGCUGGGAUCGUUUUUCUUAGAUUACGAGACAGCAAUCACGCUGCUUGGCAGACUCGAGACGAAAGGCGGUCCAAACUACAAGCGGGCUGUUGAACGGUGCAUCAAGUGCAAGUUUCCUCAACCAAAGGCAAACCUUGACGGUGAUGAGUUCAGGAGACUCGUGUAUGGUCAUGUGGUAGCGCCGUUGGAGGAGGAUUUGAAGCAAUAUUCGUUGCCUGACCUACUGUGA